AUGGCUGUGUCAGAUGAAGACAAGAGGGCCGCCGUGGCCCUUGCCAACUCAGAUUUGCAGUACGUGCUUCAGGAAGCUGGGGCGGACUUGAGCACCCAGUAUGCCGUGUGCUCCCUGCACACAACGAUCAGACGUUUUCAGGCAAUCGCCGACACUAGGUCAGAGGCGAGGCAGGCCGCAGCGCGGGACUUCGGCUGCUCUUCGGACACAGCUGCAGGUCGGCAGCAGCAGGCAGCGGUGGUGGCAGCAUGGGAGCUUGCCAAAGAGGUUUCGGCUAAGGAGGUGGAGCUUCGCGCUGAGUCCAAAGUCCUUGGACAGCCCAGGGUGCUUCAGGUUCAGGAACGCCAGGCCAUGUUAGCAGCUGUCACAGCGGUUCACGGUCGCUUGAAUGAGGGCGAGACGCCUUCAGCAGAGUACCUUGCUCUCAAGGCCGAGGA